AUGCCAUCCGCACUCAUUUUCAUAGCCGAUGGGACGGAGGAAAUGGAGUUCACUAUCACAUAUGACACACUCGUUCGCGCCGGCGUGAAAUGCGCAUCCGUAUUCGUUCCUUCCUCUUCUGCAAAUGAGGACCAAAAGACAGCGACAUGCUCUCGAGGUGUGAAGAUUAUCGCGGAUACGACGCUUCGUAAUGUCCUAUCUGGAACCUCAGCGGAAGAGGCAGAUCUGUUGGUUGUGCCAGGUGGCGCAAAGGGUGCUGAAACGAUUUCGGGCAAUGCAGAUGUGCAGAAACUGGUAAAGCGCCAGUUACUGGAAAGGGGGAAGCAUGUUGGCAUGAUAUGUGCUGGGAGCUUGGCAGCAAAGACGUCCAGUUUGCCGCGCCAGCCGUUGACGAGUCAUCCCAGUGUUAAGAAUGAGCUGGAUAAGGGAUUUGAAUACAGCGAUGAUCCUGUCGUUGUCUCUGGGAAGCUUGUUACUAGUCGAGGACCCGGUACUGCGUUCCCAUUUGCGCUUCGGCUCGUCGAAGAAAUACUCGGAGCUGAGAAACGUGCGGAGGUCCAAGACCCGAUGGUCUUCCCACCUGGAGCAAUCUAAUCGAACUUUCGUGUACGGCUUGUCUUGAAUAGCUUUCCGUAAUAGACGAUAGUCU